AUGGGGCAGGAAGCUUAUUUCUGUGGGGAACUCCGGCGCAAAGGCAGCCGCGACGGUGACGGGCGCGCCCCCGGGCAGGUCCGCGUCUUUCCUCCAGCCACCUCGGGGAGGAGGCGACCGAGUCUUCUGGUCGCGGAGCGGGUUCUCUUUGUGCCGCGAGGCAGGGUGGACCCGGCUUACCUCCAGCACUGGCAGCAGCUCUUCCCUCACAGCAGCCAGCUCAAAGGCGGCGCCGGGCUGCUGGGCCACCUCCACCCGCCCGCCCGAGCGCUGGUCGUCGACCCGGCGGCUGACAGCCUCCGCCAAGCCCCGGCCUCUCUCUCCUCGUCCUCGUCGUCUUCCUCGUCCUCCUCCUCCUCCUCUUCUUCUUCUUCGUCCUCCUCUUCCACGCCGUCCUCUGCCCAGCCUGCGUGCGCCGCCGCCGCCGCCUCCUUGGCAACCUUGACCGCGCUGCCGGUGGCUCAGAUCCCCGUCUUCGGACCGAUCCAAAGCUCCGACGCCCCGGCGGGAGCACCCCCGGUCCCGCUCCUGCAGACCUCGGACCUCGGCGGAGGCAGCGGGGCCGGCGGCGUCGGCGCCAAGGGCACCGAGAGGGCGGCAUCCCGCUUUCGCUGCACGGCGGAGGAGCUGGACUAUUAUCUGUACGGGCAACAGCGGAUGGAAAUCAUCCCCCUCAAUCAGCACACCGGAGACCCCAACAAUCGCUGUGACAUGUGUGCAGAUAACCGUAAUGGAGAAUGCCCAAUGCACGGACCUCUACAUUCUUUACGCCGCCUUGUGGGCACUAGUAGUGCUGCUGCUGCAGCACCUCCACCUGAGAUUCCUGAGUGGCUUCGGGAUCUGCCACGGGAAGUGUGUCUGUGUACCAGCACUGUGCCUGGUUUGGCCUAUGGCAUCUGUGCUGCUCAGAGGAUUCAACAAGGCACCUGGAUUGGGCCUUUCCAGGGAGUUCUCCUUCUACCAGAGAAGGUGCAGACCGGAGCAACCAGAAACACGCAGCACCUUUGGGAAAUAUAUGACCAGGAUGGGACACUACAGCACUUUAUUGAUGGCGGGGAACCCAGUAAGUCAAGUUGGAUGAGAUAUAUUCGAUGCGCCAGGCACUGUGGGGAACAGAAUCUAACUGUAGUCCAGUACAGGUCAAACAUAUUCUAUCGUGCUUGCAUGGAUAUUCCCAGGGGGACAGAGUUGUUGGUGUGGUAUAAUGACAGCUACACAUCUUUCUUUGGAAUUCCUUUACAGUGUAUUGCACAAGAUGAGAACUUGAAUGUUCCUUCGACUGUAAUGGAAGCCAUGUCAAGGCAAGACACGCUCCAGCCGUUUAACAAAAGUAGCAAACUGCCUUCUGCCAGUCCGCAGCGGUCCAUAGUAUUUCCACAGACUCCUUGUAACAGGAAUUUCUCUCUCCUGGAUAAGUCGGGCUCUAUUGAAUCAGGAUUUAACCAAAUCAAUGUAAAAAACCAGCGAGUCCUUGCAAGUCCUACAUCAACAAGCCAAUUAAAUUCUGAGUUCAGUGACUGGCACCUUUGGAAAUGCGGGCAGUGCUUUAAGACUUUCACCCAACGGAUUCUUUUACAGAUGCAUGUUUGCACACAGAACCCUGACAGAAAUUCCCAACAAUCCCAUAUGGGGGGCUCCAGAAAGGGGCCCUAUCAGUGUGGACACUGCUCCCAAUCCUUCUCCCAACCUUCAGAGCUACGGAACCACGUAGUCACCCAUUCCAGUGACAGACCUUUCAAGUGUGGCUAUUGCGGUCGUGCCUUUGCUGGUGCAACGACACUCAACAAUCAUAUCCGGACACAUACAGGGGAGAAGCCCUUUAAGUGCGAGAGGUGCGAGAGGAGCUUCACCCAAGCCACCCAGCUGAGUCGACACCAGAGGAUGCCCAAUGAGUGCAAGCCAAUAACAGAAAGCACAGAAUCAAUUGAAGUGGAUUAACUGAUUGACUGGUUGGAAUUAAACUGCAAGGAAAGUCAUGAUUAAAUGUCACGGACACUUAAGCAAAACCAAAGAUUUCCUCUGAGCAACUUUCAAUCAGUCCCAGAAAACCAAGAGCAGUAAUAAAAUAAGUAAGAUGUUAAGAGGUAUUGAUCCUGGCGUGGAAGGGAAACCAGAGAAGAGAUUAUUUAUUUAUGACUAGGAAUGAGACUGAUUUCAAUGGAAAAGAAACCCCGGGACUGCUAGCAUUUCUAGCCCCCUCAACAUGUAUUGCUUUAUUUCUAAAAGCUUUUAUAAUUGUUAUUUAAAUUUACCAAAGCCACCAAGAUCAAGGGAUCUUCUGCCCAUAUAUAUGACUGCGAAUGCACAUGGACUUAUUUAUUGUUGCACCUUUUUCUUCAGCAUGACUCAGUCAACCCACGUAUACAUUUUCCUGGCUGGUUCUCUUUGGUUGCGUCGCUCUUGACUGUAAUAAUAAUAAUGCUAAUGAUAAUAAUAAUAAAUGUCUCCAUAUUAUGAGAGAGAAGAUGAACCAGGAUCGCUUUUGUCCUCUUCCAACUGACAGACAUUUUAUUUCUGUGGUUCCAGAACACAUAUUUUGUGCACUUUUUUGUAUAAAUGUUUUCAUUAGCCAGUG